AUGCCCGAUUCCCCCGAGGUUCGGGCGAUAGGGGAGUCUCGAGAAACUGAUUCUGGAGACGUCCUCUCUACUGUGACUGCAUCCGUCGAUAGCGUCGACUCCCACGUGAAGGCAGUUAUAAAGGCUAGUGAACCUGGGGACGGCAAGCAAGGUUCGCUGUCUAAAAGAGGUUCCCUUGUGCGCGAUGACCUGCCACCACUCGUCAACCAUCAGAAAGGUCUCAACUACAGCAGGUCCACGUCCCUGGAAGUGGAUCCGAAGGAGGUCUCGGACGGAGAGGCGGACGGCGAGCCCAGCCCAGCGUUUUCGUCGCUAGUUCGUGCCAGCACCAUGGCCAGGAGAAAACCCCGCCCGGACGCAUCUCCCGCUGAGGGGCCUUCAGACACUUCAGCGCCCGCAGAAGACGCGGCCGAGGUGUCUCCAGGGCCCCGCGCGCGCGCCUUCGAGGCACCCGCCGCAGCCGCUGCGCAAGCCGCGCAUGCGGAGGACAACAACGUAAGUUUCCUUGCUUUCCGUGUGGGCACUCUCGAGACAGCGGAGUGCAGGCAAGAACUGGAAGAGGACCUCCUGGGCGCAUCAGGACGCCCUGUGGAUGUCCGUGAGUUCGGCAGAGCGAAAGGCGAAGGGUUGACAUCGUUUUGGUCUUACUUCAAUUGGGAACGAGGGGCGGCCGCCGCUGCGGGGCAGCCCAAAGAGACUCCCUCCACGUCAAACAAGACAGAGGAAGAUCAGGCACCGAAGAAACCUCGAGGCGGCGCACCCGUGGUGCGCUUUCAGGGGGUGGAUAGUGACCCCGUGGAGGAGGAGGACGACGACGAAAGUCCAUCGUCGCGUGUAAGGAAGGGCAAUUCUGUUGUCAACAUGGGGUUUGUCGAUUUGAUUGAGUCCCUCCUGCUCAACCAUGACGUGAGUGGGAAGCCCGGCCGCUUCAGCAGCAGCUUUUCAGCGAGUGAAUUGGCUAGUGAAAGGGACAGCGACGUCGACUCCGUGACCUCAGCCGACGUACGCGGACACGACGAUAGCCUGGUGUGGCAGAUGGAAGAUGUCCUUCUUUUCGAAGACCAGCUCCAUGCAGCCAUGGCUGCCAAGUUGGAGCAAGAGGCCCGCCACAUGGAGUCAUCGCUGAGGAAAAACAUGGUCAGUCUUGAAGCGGAGCUAGGCGACGACAAUGAGCUGAAGAUGAUUCAUUACGAGGCCCUGAUGGCCGGCCUUGACCUGACUCCAGGGCUCGAUGCGCCGACUGAUGCAACACUCCAGCGCAUCGACAUCGCCACGCUGUUGAAUCUGUCCCUCUCAAACUACGAAGCGUCGAUGGAGAGGAUCACUACCUCGCAAACAGGCAGCGGAUUAUUGUCGCUUCCUUCUGAAGCUGCACUCCCCUUCACGCCGCGGCGGCAAUCGCCCACCAUCAAAGGAAGUCCGCGGACGUGGGCUGGAGCGAGCGGCCGGUCCCCCCUGCAUCAGAUCCAGUCGGAGCUCCUCCGCAUGGGCAGCACGAGUAGCGCUGAGUCGACUUCGGAGGACGACUCUUCGGAAAAGCGGAAAGACAGCAGGAGCCCCGCGCCCUCGACCAAGGAUGAGAGGGGCUAG